CAGCAUGCUCAUGCUUUAGAGCUGUUAAGUGACAAACUAACAGAAGGGGCAUCAGCACUGGAUGUGGGCUCAGGAAGCGGGUAUCUCACUGCCUGCUUUGCAAGAAUGACAGGACCUAGCGGGAGAGUGGUCGGCAUUGAACACAUCAACGAACUGGUUCAAAUGUCAAUAAAAAACGUGCAAGCUGACGACCCAGAACUGCUCUCCUCUGGACGCAUCAGAUUUGUAGUGGGAGACGGAAGACUCGGCUUCCCCGACGGAGCACCCUAUGAUGCUAUUCAUGUUGGUGCAGCUGCAGCUACUGUUCCUAGGGCUGUAAGGACACGUAUGGCUUUUGCUCUUGUGACAAUAAAAUAGAAGAGAGUAGAGUAGAAUAAUAGAAAUUGUACAUUUAUUCAGCUGCAUCCAAAAUACACAAACAAG